CGGUCGGUGCAGUGCGGCGAAGCUAUUCAAAGAUGGGGGAGCGCUAGUGAGGGAGGCGCCUUGCGUGCGCCAAUUUUCGGUGUGUGUAUUGUGUUUUAGGCCGUUUUAUGUUUAGCUUAGUUUCUUGUUCGCUCGGAUAUGUGUCUUCUUUUUCUUCGCCAGGGGCGUAGCCGUUAUUGUUCUAGGUAUAGGCGCGUAGGGCCGUGCGUAGGUUAGCAUGUAGCGUGAUCGCGACAGUCGCUGGUCGAGAUCAGAGGCGCCCGCAGCCCCUUCGACGUCGAACGCGUUGAGCGGACAUGGCACUGAGUCGCAAAAAACAGCGGAUGAGGCAGCCAGACUACAUGGAGAACGGCGACGGCAACCAUAAGACGAGGACGUUCGUCUUCGAGUCGCACAAGGAGUCGCUUACUGUCAAGAUCAUCGAGAUGCUGGACCCAAGUUACGGCAUGUACGUCUGGCCCUGCAGUCCCGUUUUGGCCCAGUACCUCUGGUUCAACCGGGAGCACAUCAAGGGCAAACGCAUUCUCGAGAUCGGUGCUGGCACCGGCCUGCCGGGGAUCCUAGCGGCUCUUCUGGGAGCACGAGUGACCCUGUCGGACAGCUCGCCACUGGGCCUCAAGAACUGCCAACGCAAUGUGGAGGCCAACGGGCUGACGGCCAAUGAGGUGCCCGUGGUCUCAAUCUCCUGGGGCCUGUUCAACCCGGCCCUCUUCCAACUCGGGCCCAUCGACAUCAUCCUGGGGUCGGACUGUUUCUACGACCCCAAAGACUUUGAGAACAUCAUUGUCACAGUGUCCUACCUGCUGCACCAGAACCCUCACGGGCGCUUCUGGUGUGCCUACCAGAUUCGAAGUGCGGACUACUCGAUGGAAGGCCUGCUUCGGCAGUGGAAUUUGGUCUGCGUCCAAGUUCCGCUCGAAAACUUUGAAGCAGACUCGCCCAACCUUGCCGGCUCGGGCCUUCCGGGCUCGCACACUAUCGAGAUGCUUGUGAUGAGUGUCAACACGACCGUGGAGCCGGCUGCCUCGGACAAGGCGAAGACGUGAACAAAUGGACCCGCGGUGCAUGGCGUUCGUUGGCAGCCGGGAAAAACGACCGCGGCAGUGGCAACAUGCUGUUGUCGUCAUCGUCGUGCGUUGAAUGCAUCCCAGCCGUUGUUGUGCUGUCUUGUUCCCUACUUUCCCCACUUCCUGAAGAAUGCCUCGAAGAGGCUUGAUCUUCACAAAGGAUUUACACCCUCACCUGGACAUCUGGGUGCCACAUUCCAGAUGUCAAGAUGUGCAGACGAAGUGCCACAUUCCAGAUGUCUGAAUGCCAUUUGCGUAUGGUGGACAAGCAGACGACUUCUUGUAAUGGCAUGAAAGGUUGCUUCGAUUUCCUGUGAACUCACUGUGCUGUUGGGGAACCUCAAGGAGGGCUUGGUCUUUGAGGUUUUAUAUCCUCACCUGAAUAUCCCGCUGUCUGGAUGCCAUUGACUUCUGGACAUGCAGACUUGUUCCUGUUAUUGCACGAAAGUGUUACUCCAAUUUCCUGUGAACUGGCCAAGCUGUCUCUGCCCAGUACUGUUUUCUGAGCACUGAAAGUGCGUGGUUGACUGAAUCAAUGAGAAUCUCGCUUAAGUCAGCUUUGGAACCCAAAUGAUGAACUCUGCGGAAUCAAAGCCAGCUAAUCUGUGCCAUUUUAGGUCAGUGUUCAUAUUCCUUAUGUCAACUCAUGAAGUUGUCAUUCCUUGGUUAUGCACUGUAUUUGCAGACAUAUGAAUUGCAAACAGGGCAUUUGAAGCACCAACGCAAGAUGAUCACAGAUUUCCUUGCUGGUUUUCAUAAAUAGGCUUGUAAUAAGAUUUCUCUUCAAGCAAUGUAUGGUGUGUCAAAGUAAAAAAUCAACAGUGCUAGUACUAUAUCACGUAGCUCAAGUGAAAUUUCCUGAGACUUAAAAUUUUCCCAUUCAGGAUUCAUUUGUCCGUUUGUCCAUGGUAAUGCUAUGGAAAGUUCUUGUGCGGUCGAAACGUAUAUAAUUGCUCUUUACACUGGUGCAGACUGUGUUUUGGUGACACGCAGAACAUAGAAAUAUUUGUUACUCCAGACCUGAAUGCCACUAGGACUACUUGAAAUUGAGCACAUUCGGGCCAGUCCACAGGCAAAUUAGAGGCUUCAUGGAGUUGUUGCACCCAUUUCUGAGGUGAACAUUCGGGCUCAUCCCUGUUUGUUAAUGUAACUCCAUUUCAUCACGCUUCGUUUUUAUGCUUUCUGUGUCAUUGCACGUUGAACCCACACCAUGUCCCACCUCGGCACGCGCUGCCACACUUUUCUUCUGUAUAAGACUUUGUGACCGUGUUUCACACAACCACACCACAUUGCUUCUGCAUUGUAACAAAGCUCUUUCUUGUCUUUUCUUCAGCUUGUUACACAAUGUCUUGAUGCCAGUUUGAGAGCAUUUCUCAACCUUGUGAACUUGGCCUUCGAACUUGGUAUCGUGCCGUACUGUAUGGCAUGCCAUGUUAUAUGCCAUUAUUUCUUGACAUUCUGUGCCGGGUGUUUUUGCAUGCAAAUAGGUAUUGCCUGCGCGUUAUCAAGCAAACAACGAUCACUGCAAACAACUAAGAAAUCUACAGCUUCUGAUAUCUAUUGCAUAUCUUCUAUUGCCCACUUAAUUGUGCCUGGGUCGUUAAUGCAGCUUGGCAUGCUUAAAGUAAUCAACUUGCUCAGCCUUCUUAGGGAAAUGCGUGUUGUGAUUCUGUCUGUAACCCACCCUAGGACGCUCAGCCUCAUGAAUGUGAUUGUUAAAGGGCUUGCAGAUUAGCAUUGUGUUAGGGUAGUGGGUAAGGAUGUUCAAGUUUUUUUCUUGCUAUAUAUCGGUUCAUUUUACAAACAGAGCUUGCUUACCACGUUCACGUUGUGUGCACUGGGCCUGGUAUUGACCAAAAGAACUUUGUUGAUCAGUGUGUAUUUGACAUAGCUGUGAGAAGCAAUGUCUCCAGGGUCUCUGUGGCUUGGGGGGGGAUCUCUAACCUACCCCGUAUGUGUUAUGACACAUUGUAUGUACAUGUGAUCUAUACAGCAUUUUCUGCUUUUUAAUCCUACGCACUGCCUCGCUGCGCGUUUGGCAUGGUGUCUGCAGUUUUGCGGUUGCAGCUUGAUGAUGUCACAUCGCGUUCCUAAAAGGGUAAAACACUCUUGGCGAAUGGGAGCACACAUUCUUACAACCCUAUGCCAAAAGUGUCGUUUCCUACUGCCUGUUUAUAAUGAACCUAGAGCACACACUGCAUUUAAGGGUCACAAAGUUAUCGUUGACAGGUUGUAACUUCCUUUGAGAGGAGGAAACCGUUUUUCUGCCUGUUGGAGGCACGCGAAGGAUGCUGCUUGAGUUCUAGUAUUAGUGACUAUGAAUGUAAACUUUAAGACCUUGCUAAAUGCAUUCUGUGCCAGCUGGUUAAGCAUCCUGUAUCAAGAAUGGGGUUAAUUUUAAGAAAGGUGGGCGCUUUUUAUAAUGUGCUAAUUUCGAAAAUUGGUGCCAGGAACAUCAGGGAAGGGCUCAAUUAUAUACAAUAAGAAUGACACCCCUGUCGGGAAGUCGAGCAGGAAAAAGCCAUAUUUCUCUGGCUGGAACAUUGAGGCAAGCGCUGCCAAAUUAAUUGUUUUUCUUAAGUCUAAUUCUUUGCUAAUUCAUUUCUCUGCUGAAGCUUUGGAACAAGUUUCUUGAACAAAACAUUUUCUAGAUGACAAUAUCACUACAGACGUGUGCUGGUGGAAAAAUUUGCUCGUGGUGGAAAAAUCUUUCCUCAUUGCAUGCUAGGCAUGUUUAGUUUGUUGUAUUACCAUAACGUGUUACACAUGAUUUCUUUGAAAGCACUCAGAAGUACUGUGACCAUUCAUGUUCACAUUGCGGCUGCAACUAAAUCUGUUCAUUGAUUUCAGCCUUUCUACCCAAAAGGCUGUUGGAAUCACUAUGCUGAAAAUGUAAGCAGUGGUAUUAACGUUACACUGUGGACAUGCCAACUGCGGUGGUUGAUUGCAGUCUAGUUAACCCUGUCAACUUUAAGUGACUGUUGUCGUUCAUUUCUAACAGAAGGGGCCCACAGGCCUAGGGAAAAAUGUAAGAGGGAUUAACAUGGGACAGGUAAUUCAGUGUCUGACCGCAGUCAGGCUGUCAUUUAACAAUUUCUUCAAAAUCAUGAUUAGUAUGCAUAAUUGAUCGAGGCAUUCCAAAUUAACCUAAUAAUUCACUUUUAAUUCAAUUUAACUCGAAAAAACUAAUCUCAAUGACCGCAGCUACCACUCGUGCAGACUCGCAACCACGCACAAUACUUGCUGCCUUGUGCGUUUCAAGGAAGUUCGACAACUGCUAGUAGCUAAACCUGCAGGAAAUAUACAACAUCUGCAGUACGCUGCACCAGUGCAAAAAAUACAUGUUUGGCACAUCAGAGUAAAAUGCAAGCAUUAACUUUUUCCGGAAAACAGUAUCCAGAAACUGGUUGUUCUUUAUGGUGAUACCUAUCUUUAUUCUAUGAAGGCUUGCACCGAUACUAAUGAUACCAGUUUGUACCCGGCAAAGUUUGGUUUCAGGUAGUGCACUGACACAUAAAGACAGGUAUUUUGCCACCAUAUAUAUAUAUAUAUAUAUAUAUAUAUAUAUAUAUAUGUAUUUAUACACACACAAAAUGUUAAGAAGGUAUUUAAUAUUUGUCCGAAUAUUAACCUGUUGCCCAAUGUUGAUACAUUCCAUUCUUCCUCAUCAACUUGCGUGAUGAAUUCGUAUCAAAGCAUCUUGCUGUAUACCAAUGCAUGCGCAUCUUUUAAGAAUGUGUCAAGUGUUUGCGUAUGGCUGUCCAGUUGGCUGUAAAUGUCAGCUGCCAUGUUGUGUUGCUCAUAGAACAUUUGAGCAAAACGAGAAGGUAAAAGCACUUCCUCGGCGCUUUCCUCGGCGCUUUCCUAUAUACGCUUUCCCCGGCGCAGUAUAUAUAGAUACAGUUCUUCUAAAGUGGGGAGAGGGUAAGGUGGGUGGGCAAGGCAAUGACCGAGGAUGUGUUAGUGUGUUAGUGACGAGGGUGUGUUAGCGGUGAGGGCGAGGAACCUACAGUGACAUGUCAACUGGCCGACACAUGCCACUACCUCACAUUCCUCCACCGAUGUCCAGUAGCGCACCUUUCUUUUCGAUUCUACACCCUCGCCGCUAACACUCCCUCGGUCAUUGCCUCACCCACCUACCUUACCCUCUCUUCCCUUUGUAAGAACCGUACCUAUACACACCGUGCCAAGGAGAGCUCAUGUCGCCUUGAAAAAGACAAGUCCACUUGUCGAAACAUUGGCUCCUGCUUACACCUUUUUCUCGUUUUGCUCAUCGUCUUGAAUUUACAUCUCCCACAUUCCCUGUGUUCCCCAUAGAACAUUUGUAGCUCAAAAGGGGACUGAGGUCUCGCCUAAUCUAAGUUAAACCUGCAACGUGACCGAUUUCAGGACACAUCUUCUUCAUUCAUCUAGCUCAGGCCUGCGCAUUAGCUCUUAGCUCUAGCUGUAACAUAUACCGCAUUUAAUGGAGUUGCAUGCAUACCUCAAACGCAUGCUGUGGCUUGCUCACACAUUUUUUAACUUGCACAGUUUUAACCUCGAGCAUGGGAGAAUGAAAUUUCACUCCAGCUGUCAAAGGUUUUCAGCAAUGCAAGCUUUAAGUGGACGUCCUGUAGUCGAAAAGCUUUAAGUGGAUGCCCCUCUGGCAGUCGGACUAAAUGUACGAGUACUUGCACCCUUGCACCCGGGUACUUGCAAGCAGAGUUUGAGAUCGCCAAGUGUACCCAAGUAGCAUUGGAAGUGAGGCCUGUGUUGGCAAUAAAUAGGGCCAGUACUGCCCAAUGUAAGGCCUAUGUGGCUCAUUGUUGGGUGCACAUUGGUCAGGCUUUCUAUGCUUCUUGUAUGUUGUUUAUGCGUUACAUGAUGGAUAAAUGAAUAGGUGGAACAUUUCUUAUCAGGGUCUGACUUCACAGUGCUAGAUGUCCUGUUGCCAAAUAUGGUGUAAGCUCUAAACUAGGCACGCUAGUGGAUUUUAUGCUAACAUCAUAUAAUGUGGCCAAAGUGAAAGGACGUUUCCUAUCAGGCUCAGCUUGUGAGGCCUACCUUGUUAUUUGGUUUGUCUGCUGUAGUACAUUCGAUAAGGUUGGUCUGAUUUUGGGGUCACAAUGUACUUGGACACGCUGUGAAAGCUUAUUCCAUUUGUCCGGAUUGCCAGCAUUCAGCAGUAAACUUAAGAUUGACAUGUUAGACAAACCCCAUUCAAUAUAAGAAAAUUGCUUGUUGUUUGGGAUAUUUGCGAAUUGUUAGGAUAAACGUGAAGGUCGCUGUACAGUUGGCUUUCAAAAUAUUGGAAGCAUACUUGCAUAGCCCACUGGAAGGAAAUGGCCGUAAUUACUCAGGAAAUAGUGCUCCCCAGACUGUUUGCGACUAUGGCAUGUUUCAUUGGUGGCAUUGAAUUUACCUAGUGAUAGUAAGUCACCUGACUGUGCUACCUGUGCUUGCCCACUAGUAGUCCUUAGAUUGCUGUAGCUUGUAUAUCACGGAGUAGGAUACAGUCUAGGCUGCUUCACCAUCUAUAAUGCCUCGCACUAGCGCACUUACUAAUAGAUCUCACCCAACUUGCCAUCGCUACGAUAUGUAAUCGCAGUCACAGAGACCGAGAGUACGCUCAGUUUGGCGAGCUUCGAUCGCCUUGUUACAUCAUGGAGCAUCUUGUAACGACCAUUACACACAUUUGUUUUUUAUUCACUUCUGUCAUUUUUUCCCGCAGAGUUGUCGCCAAGCCUUGGCAGAUAGAGGGGUAGUCUGCAGGGCAAAACAUGUUAUCACGAGACGAGAGCGAUUUGCUUUUCUGACGUAAGUGAUGAUGUAAAACUCGGAUCUGAAUGGUGGAGGUUUUGCCCAGGUGAUGCAGACAUUUUGCGCCUCUGUACACCCACUGUCAACGAUGUCGCGGCACAGCGCGACGUUGAUGCUAAGCCAGUCUGGUGGCGUUCGCACUCUUUCCAGCCACUCGUGAACCAGUGAACAGAAGAGCUGUGACGGUAACUUCACUAGCUGCCAUUGUCGGACUUCUCCGACUGCUAAGCCUUUGCUUGUUUCAAUGCCGCUUCUGGAAUCAAGGAUUGUGGUUACCUGCUCCACACCUGCAGCAUUGCUUAGGCAGGAUUUCUGCAUCCAUGGACGUAAGACGUCGCCUCUCUUCCCAAUGCUGCUUUUGAAGUUGCUGUUCCCUUGCAAGAACAUUUUUCCAAAGUACAUGCACGGACCAUGCUAGUCUCUCUCUCUGACGAGCAUGGGUUGUUGGUCGUCUUUUUCACAUCUUCCGUCCCCGUUCCGAAGAACGCGCUCACACCAGUGAACUUGGGGGGUAGAGGAAGCUUCGCACGCUUGAGGGAAUGUUUACGAUUGCAUUUACAAGCUGAAGUUUUCAUUCAGGAAUCUUUUUUAAGUCGGCACAGGCUCGUAAAGGGGCAUUAGGAAAGAAAAGUAUGAAGGCAAAAGGGUUAACGACGGCUGGAGGGUAACUAGCUGUUUAUUGUGUUGUAGUCGUCUCAUUAGAUUCACGUCCUUUGCUCUGCUGGAGUUCCCUGAAAAACGUCUGGUUCACUUUGUUACCCUCUGUUGCCUCUUUUGUGGGGAUUUUGAACGUAAGAAUGGACAAGAAGGGUUAGGGAGAUGGUGCCCCCAUGCUUCACUGAAGAAGUGAGCAAGUAUUUAUACAUCUAGUCAUGAAUAUUAACGAAUGUUGAGCUCGUGUUAUGUCUGAAAUGUGAAGGCAGCUUGUUUUGCAAGGAGAUUGAAGCGCCCUGUGGCUUUAGACAAUGUGAUGUCCAGUACGUGCUGUGUUGAUGUGUUUAGGGAAUUUUUCUGGCGUUGUCACAGAGCAUUCUUACGACAUGUAGAUUCUCUCUCCUUUCUUUCUUUUUUUUGUGAAGACUUUCUUGUUUGAAUUUGUCAUUCACCAUAGAGUUGCAUGUGUGUGUGUUGUUUUAAGUUAAUUUCUAGCCCUAUUUUGUAAGUGGAAUGUCCAGUAUCUGUGGCAUGCUUGACAAAGGUGAACUCACCUUUCCUUCUUACUGUACUGCACAACCUUUCUGAUAAUUUUAUAUCGUAGAUGGUUUGGUCACAAAUUUGAGUAUUUGGGGUGUGAAAAACAUUACAAAGCCACAGAGUUUUCGAUUGAAGCCCAGCCAAAGCAGCGCAGUUUUCUUGAAUGAGCAUUGCAUAUCAAUAUGGCAGCCACUACACGUUGUUGUUUGACAUUACUGUACAUAACUACAAACCGGAUUAGAGCAAAGGAAUAGUUUAAGUGCCACGACUAUGCCUUGUUCUCAGUUUCUCUCUUUUUGCUUUUGUGCACAUUUCUUGUAUUUCGUGCUGCACAACACUUACAUUACAUCCUAACUAGUUAAAAAAAUUUUUUGUGUUUUUGGAUUAGUAAUGUUGGGUUUGCACCCUGUUGUUGGCAUUGGGUUAAUGAUGGAGUGCAAAAAAGAACAGAUGACUGAAAAUGGAAACAGGAGUUCCACUGCCCUUUUUGUAAUCCUUUCCCAUAACAAAAAGAAGCCGACAAAAAAAGUGAACAGAAGUUUCACCUUCUUUCAUGUCACCUGUUUCUAUUGCAAAGAGGAGCAGACGACAAAACAAGGAGAAAGAAGUCCUACCUCCAUUUUUCGUCUGUUGCUGCUGCAGAAACAGAUGACAAGAAAGGAACAGACAGGAGACUCCAUUUUCGUCUGUUCCUUUUUCCACUAUCUGUCAUGAACAUGACCCAAGUUGCCCAGUUUUCUAUUCCUGAACUAGUAUCGGUUAUCAGAGUGACCCGGAACUUUUGAGUCUGUCACUUCAGCUUUAAUAUUUCAGACCGUCUGGAUGCAUUAUUUUAUUGCUGUUGAUGUGUAUCCAGUCGUGGUUGUGCAUUCUGUGUAAUACGCAGAGUUCCUGCAAUUAGAGGUUGUGACUUUCUUGCCUUGAUUCUGGAGACGGCGCCCUGGACGUUGGCACUACAUAUGCUGCUGUGAACGAGGGGUUGUAGAUAAUCAUUGAUGCUCCACUGUCCCGGAACUACUUAAGGCUGCUUAGAGAGUAGAAUAAGCUCAUUUGCAGAGGCUGUUUUGCUUCAUUGUAGGUCCUUGCAAGAAGAAAAACGGGCAACUUUGUAGUGCACGCCAAAAUUUUCGCAGUACUUUCAGUACAGACUCAAGGAGAAGACAUGCUCAGUGCUCUCAAUGUCCAUGUUGUGAGCACUGUAAUGAUUUUGGAAUAUGUAUUACUAAUUAGUUCGGUAAUUUUCUUAAGCUGACAGCUUCGACUGUGCUUUCCAUCAGGCAAGUGGGUCCAUCGUGAACAAUGACGAGCACUAUAAACAGUCAAAAUGCAGAAGGACACAGAAAAAUAGGACCAUUGCUGAACAUCUACUUGGUAUUUUCCAUCAGCGACAUGGAAUACUUUUUUGGGGUCUUUCUUCACCUCCUGUUUUUCUGCUUCGUCUGAUCAAGGGUAAUGGCGGAAGUGCCGUAGUGCCUCCAUCGGGGGCUCUUAACGCGUGCGCCUUCUAGCCAUAACAAGCAACACAGGUUAAUGCGGUGCUUUUGUAUUCACAGAAAUAGUCCAGGUGCAUUUGGCAUCGAUCAAGCAUGCUUGACCUAACGUCGGCGCACACGAAAAUGAGAAAAUGCUUGUUACGACCCAGCGUGGUAGCACCCACAGAUCGAAAAUAAGAUCGUCCAAUUUAAACUACCAGCCUGAAAUUCAGUGCCAGGUCCCGUCUUUGUACGUCCAUCUGUGUCCUGUUGGUUCUUGCUGUUCACCACCACUCGUGUAACACCACUCGUGUAACAGCUGAGAACUCUGCCAGAUCAUUUCUUUAGUUUGCAUUGGCUUGCAGUGUGCCACCGUAUCUGCAUAUCGUAGCCCUGGAUGUUCUGUAAGCAUAAUGCGCAGCAUGGUGCGAUGUGCAGCAAAACGUUCCUCAAACAUUUCAGUCGCUAUAGAAAAGGCUGUGUACUUCCAGAAGCUGAGGCCACUUGUCGAAUGCAUUUGUGUAUCGCAAGGUUGCGGUGUAUGUACACGAAGCCACAUCUAGUUCCCACCUUCUGUUCAUGCUUCAAUGGCUUGACUGAGUAUAAUUGAAGUGGUGUUCCUAACUGGGCAGUGUAAUACACCCUAGGCUCAUCUGCAAACCUUUGUAGUUGCUCAACUAUAACAAUUAUCAGUUAGGUAAAAAAAUACAAAUUUUUUUCCUUGAUAUUCAACUUCAAAUGAUUUCAAGCCUUAUGAAGUAAUGCAUGACUGUCAUUAUUUUUUCUUGCUUUAAAGAGGCUUUGCUUUUGUUUAGCCAAUGCAGCUAAAGCUAGCGAAAGAUCAACCAUUUUGAUCAUUUGACUUGUACACUGGAACGUCGAUGCAUUCCUGGUUUGUAAAACAUAUUGCUUUUGCAUAGCCACAAGUGGAAGAUAUUGGAAAUGUCCCAUUUGGAUAUAAUUUGAAUAUAAUUUGCCCUACACUUUGCCCUACAUUUCUUUCUGCAUUUCUUUUUAAAAUUUGUCAGUCUGCUGUACGCGGGAAAAAUGGUUUACACUGAAAUGUUGCACUCGUCUCUCAAAUCAAGCCUUUGAAUACCCUUGCUUGCUCUCCUGUUUUGCUACUUUCUGUUCUUAGGCCACAGAAGUUUCACUCUAAUGGGUGAAACAGUAUGAAAGUUAGGUAGAUGGUCUCACACCAGUAGAGUGAGAUGCCAGAGGUAUCGCCUCUUAAAACCUGUCGCCCACAGGGCACAAUCCAUUAAAUGUUGUGCAAACAAAAGUGUUAGAUACACCGAACUCUACUGGCUAAACAAGAGACUCCACCGUGAUCAAAUUUUCCACAGAAAUGUUGUUUCACGAUAAGCGCAGCUUAAUGCCAUGUUUGGGGGCAUUGCACACCUGUGUUGUGCAGAAUAUAUUCGCAAGUAUGCGUCGUCUGCAGCGAUGUGGAGCCUGGAAAUUGUCUCGGGUGAAAGUAAAGGUGGUGCCAUCUGGAACUGUAACGAUGAACAGUGAUGCACACUGUAUUUGUCAAUUAUUGUGAUGUGAAGGAGCCACUGCUUCGUAGUAGGAAACAUUUACACUUGUUCCCUCUGGCAGUGUAGCAGACGGCCACAUACCUCUGAUUUAUUCUGGACGAAACAGACGAGCAAUGCAGCCGUGGGCCACAAGGUGCCUGCUGUGUGAAAACUGAGCAGGAAUACAUAGGCUAUUGCGUUAGUCAGAUAAUGCAUGCACACCAAGUGCUUUUAUUUACAUUACGCUGCAUAUGCAUCAUUCCACUGCAGUUAUUUAAAAAGUCUGCUAAAGCUUACAAAUAUGUUUGCACGUAUAUACCUUGAUCCAGACGGAACAGAUAAAGUUUAAAAUGAAAUAAUUUGGAGGGUUUGGAGAGUAGCGUGGUGAAGUUCUUGCAGAAAUUUAUUCCCACUCAACUUUAUUGCCGGGAUCAUUGUCACGGCACAACUGUAGCGCCACAUGCUUGUGGCAAAUAUAACUUUUCUGGCAAGAAAAGGUUUUGUUAUUGAAAAUAAAACAAUUAGGAUCGCGUUUUUCUAUGCA